UAAAGGAAAAGUAUAAGCUAAUACAAUUUUUCAGCGACUGAAUUCAUGAUUUUUUCCUCAAAAUUAGAGACUUCUAUUUAUAUAUCUAUUAAGGGAUAAAAUAAAAAUGUAGUAAAGAGAGACAAAACAAAAGAAGAGAAGGGAGCUCCCGAUUCUCUUUGCAGAGCAAAUAGAAACCUAAUCUCAAAAAGGAGAAUUGAAGAAAAUGAAGAAAAUAAGGGGGGAGAUUGAUCCACAAUGGAGCCAAGGCUCUGGGUCUUGCUAAAGAGACUAUGAAUCUUGAAGAAGAGCUUGCCGACACUCCAAAUCAAAGUUGAGAAUUUCAAAAAUGCACUUCCAGAUGUUUCACGUGGUGAUGGCCAAGAGCUGAAGUAGAUUUGUUCCAUUUAAGGUGAUAAAUCUUGCUUCAUUGAAUAUUACCUCCAUGCCUGAGGUUCCAAUAUCCCUGGUAUGAAGGAAAAAAAAAAAUUAUAUUAACAUAUAGAAGUAUAUAGUAGAUAUAUAUAGUAAGAAUAAAGUUCAGAACAGCUACUCUACUUUGUGGAACUAAGACACUUUGGUUCCAAACUGUAUAAAAUAUAUUGGAUUAUGAGAAAGUGAGUGACACACAUAAAUUAUGGUAAAAUACUUACUGGUCGAAGUACCUCCCAAAUCUUGUAAAAGAAUGUGAUUAAGCCUUGAUCUCCAAAAUUUAGAUGUAUUUACACUAAAACUGCAUUGCACAAGGAAAAUAUAUUUUAUUUCAUACAAUCCAUGAAUUUUAGAGAUUUAUGAGGAAAAUGAUGCAUCGCAGUCGUCAUACUUAAUGCUAAUUGACCAUACUUGAUGAACCUGAUGAAUUAACAUCUAGUUUCUGCAGAAAAAAUAAAGAUUGAUAGCUACAUGAGAAAAGACUGGUGAAAUGAAAUAAUAAUGCAUUUUCAAAGUUUAUUUUGCGGACAGAUCCUAAGGUAAAUUAUAUAAUUUCUAAUAACGUGUGUGCGCGCAAUGAAUUUUCUGUAGGUGAAAUAUAAUAAUUGGUUUAUAUGGAGCUCUCUUCUCUGUCAUAGACACAUGUUAGUUCCCUAAGCUAAUCCUUAGCAUUGCUUUAAGCCUUUAGAUAUUGUUAUAACAUUUUUGAUAAGUUAUCUUUGUUAAUGUUUAUGACAUAAUCUUUGAAGUUAGGUGGUUUCUUGCAUUCAUGGUUUCUGAACAAUAAACAAAUAAAUAAUGGAAAAAGAAGGGUAGGUGCUGCGUCGUUGCUUUGGACUAUUGAAGUGAGCUUAUUCUAAACCCUUCCUCUUCUCCGGAUCCGCCGUGCUCCACCCUCCUCUUCUCCAUUCCGCUGCGCUCCACCCUCCGCUGCUCCAAAAUCCCUCUCCCUCAUAUUCUGCCACUUCUCCGCAUUGUAAACAUAAAACUGCCUCCAGCUUCUGCGCGUUACAUUCUUGCUCCUUCUCCUUCAUACUCUGCUCGUUCGAAGACCAUCGAAGUGGACAAGUAUAUCGUUGGAACAGGUUGAUAAUGUAGUCUUAUUCUAAUUAGAGUAUCAAGUGUUGAAAAGAAAGAAAGAAAGAAAGGAAGUGAUCAAACAAGUGACACAGAAAAAUGUGGGUCGAAUUUGAUUGGAUCCAUUCAAGUGUUGCCACAGCACCACCACCACCGUCACUACCUCUGUUUCUUGCUUAAUCUAAAUCUUCCAAUCUCAAAUCUCAAACCCCAAUAAUUUCAUCGAAGUCUCAAUCUUUUCCCUUUUCCACAACAACCCCACUUCUCCAUUUCUUCUUUACGAGCUACGAUGUCAAUGUUUCUGCAUCAAAGAAGCUUGCACAAUGCCUUUUCGAACCCAUUUGCCGCUCCACCACCUUCCUCGGCCAAUUCCAAGAGACCCAUCUCCAUCUUCACCCCAACAACACUCUUGGUGCUCCUUUGCCUCGUCAUGGUGGUGGGUGUCUUCAGCCCCUGGGUCAAUAUCCCCCAUGGAAUCUUCUCAGUUUCCAAGCCUGCUGUUUCAAAGUGGAACUCAUACACAUUGGACCAAGCUCUCUCCUUUGUGGGCAAAAAUGGAACUGUCAUAGUUUGCAUUGUGAGUCAGCCUUACUUGCCGUUUCUCAACAACUGGUUGAUCAGUAUCACAAGGCAGAACCGCCAGGGUAUGGUUCUUGUCAUUGCUGAGGACUAUGCUUCACUCUAUAAGGUUAAUGAGCGUUGGCCUGGUCAUGCUGUUCUUAUUCCACCUGUGCUUGAUGCUGAAUCUGCUCAUAAGUUUGGAUCUAAGGGUUUUUUCAACUUCACGGCCAGAAGGCCUAGCCAUCUUCUGAAGAUUUUACAGCUCGGAUAUAGUGUAAUGUACAAUGAUGUUGAUAUGGUCUGGUUGGGGGAUCCAUUGCUUCAGUUAGAAGGGAGUCAUGAUGUGUACUUUACAGAUGAUAUGAUUCCGAUCAAACCAUUAAACCAUUCUCAUGCUUUACCGCCACCAGGAAAAAAGGGCCGCCCUUACAUAUGCAGUUGCAUGAUUUUCCUUCGCCCUACAGACGGAGCAAAGCUAGUCUUGAGAAAGUGGAUCGAGGAACUUCAGAAUCAACCAUGGUCUAGAACCCAGAAAUCAAAUGAUCAACCUGCUUUUAACUGGGCUUUGAUGAAGACAGCUAAAGAGGUGGAUUUAUACUUGUUGCCGCAGGCAGCUUUUCCUACAGGUGGGUUAUAUUUCAAGAACAAGACAUGGGUUAAGGAAACUAAAGGAAAGCAUGUGAUCAUUCACAAUAACUAUAUAGUAGGUUUUGAGAAGAAGAUAAAGCGAUUUCGCGACUAUGGCCUCUGGUUGGUGGAUGAUCAUGCUGACGAAUCCCCGCUUGGUAGAAUAUGACCCUUGGAUGUCUCGAGUUUAUCGUCGGAUUUUGUUAGAGCAUUUAUUUUCGGAAAUUAGAACAUGGUUUCUGCCAAUUCAUUCAUCCGCCUAUCUGGUAGAGGCUUGAUGAAGACAUCCGAACUCUUGCUAUCAACAUGUGCUGCACCCAUACCAGCCGCCAAGCGAUUCCUUGGCAGAUAGUUUGUGUUUCAUUUUUGUGCGGAAAAAGGUGCUUCAAAGAUGCUGGAUUGUAUUACAAGUCCAUAGAAGAGAAGGAUAGAAUUUAUUUGGUUCUUGUAGUUGGACUACAAAUGCUACUUAAAAUAAUAGUUAUAAGAGAAAUUAUAGGAAAUGAAUUUUUAAUUAACCAAUAUUAGCAAGUAAAUGGACAAGUAUAUAUGAAAGAGUUUAGGAUAGAAAAAAGUACACAAGAUUCAUAUAUAUUGAGUUACACUUGAAAUGGUUUUUUUUUUAUCGGCAAAAAUGUCUAUGUCGUCAGCAGAUUUGUGAGGCUUAUGGUAUAUUUUUAUAUUUUUGUCCAUUAAAAAUAAUCUUUUUAAUGUAUUUGAUAUUUAUAAAUUUUGAUGUGUAUUUUUG